AUGCUCCUUUACCACCUCGAAAUACAGACCACCGCCAAUCUCAACAGCUCCACACCACUAGCCCCUGAACCCCUGACAAAAACCCCCUCUACAAAGAUGGCCCAACCAACGAGGCCACCAGCCAACGGCUUCGUCGCCUUUUGCCGCAAGAUGUACAACCCCAUCGGCUUCUCCAAGGGCUACAACUUCAUCCUCUUCUUGAUAUUCGGCGGCGCCCUGAUGGGCUUUAGCCUCGCGCGCAUGCCGUACCUCGACUACUGGGGCACCUUCCGCGCGGCCAAGCGCAGCGAGAAGCACUAUUUUGAGGGCGGUCGCGUCCAGGCCGGCAUGAUGCUGCACCUCUUCACGAUCGUGCCGGCGUCGCUGCUGGCCUGCUUCCAGUUCGUGCCGGCGAUCCGCCACCGCGCCAUGCUGCUGCACCGCGUCAACGGCUACGUCGUGGUCCUGCUCUCGCUGGCGUCGACGGCCGGCGCCUUGAUGAUGGCGCGCGUCGCGGCCGGCGGCACCGUCGACACGCAGACCGCGACGGGGUUCCUGGCCGUCGUCUUCGUCGCCGCCCUCGCGGCGGCCUGCUACAACGUCAAGCGCCUGCAGAUCGAGCAGCACCGCGCCUGGAUGCUGCGCGCCUGGGCCUACGCCGGCUCCAUCAUCACCAUGCGGCUCGUCUUCGUCGUCAUGAUCUUCGUCAACAGCCGCGCCGGCUACGCGACCGUGCGGGAGUGCGCCCAGAUCGACUACGAGAUGGCCGGCGGCGGUCGCGCCAGGGUGCUUGCGCUGUUUCCCUCGUGCGAGGGCUUCUAUUCCGGGAACGACGCGCACGCCGUCGCCGUCGUCGAUGCCGACAUGCGCGGCAACGAGGCGACCGUCGGCAGCGCCCUGGUGCUCAGCUUUGGGGCCGCGCUGUGGCUUGCUCUUGCGAUACACAUGAUUGGAGUUGAGAUAUAUCUUCAGCUCACACCGGCCGAGCACGAGAGGUUGCGCAACGUUUCUUACCAGCGACAGCUCGAGGCCGGUAUGAAGAACCCCGGCCGGGCUGGGCUGACGGUUGACAGGUUUGGGGACGCAGAAAAAUGGAUUCCCAACUCGCAGCGUCGGCUUGUUGGUGAACAGCAGAGGAACAAUGAUUCUGAUGCAAGCUCGAAAUAA